AUGGGGCCACCGGGCAAUAGGGGAUCAUGGGGCCCCUGUGUCCUUGCCCAAACUCAAAAAAGUCUAUGAAAAAGUGCAAUUUGAGCCCACACAAAAUUAAUGGGCUCAAAUCAGACUGCAAAGAAUUGCAUGCAAUUUAAAACAGGAAUGCGGUGCAAUUGCAUGCAGUUUCCUGCACAGCAGGGGCGGACUGACAACUCAUGGGGCCCCCGGGCAAUAGGGGAUCAUGGGGCCCCUGUGUCCUUGCCCAAACUCAAAAAAGCCUAUGAAAAAGGUACCAGGGGCAUCUCAUGAGGCCCCCUACUGACCCCGGGCCCUCGGGCAGUGCCCGAGUUUCCAAAUGGUCAGUCCGCCCCUGC